GUGAUCAAGCUGCGAAAGCGAUCUAAGCAACGAGAAUAAGAAACUCGUGCCCUACCGGAGCUACAGUACAUUUUUGAUAGAACUAGACAAGAUCGUCGGCCCACAACGCAACCAGAGAAAGUUGUCAACACAGUUUCUUGUUUCAAUUUACUUCGUAGCUCUGUCUACUAACCAGUUACAGUUUUAAACUUCGCCUCUUGAUCUUAUCUACUCGCACUGACACCAGUGCAUUUUCUUAGUCCAGCAUCAUAUUGCGUUUGUUUGAUUAUUGUAUACGUUUCCUUCCGCUCGCACUCGCAUUUCUAACACCCACACCCAUAAAAUGUUGAAAAGUCAAGAACCCUCGGAACAUGCGUGCUCGUCGGCUCCUCACCCCAUUCUCCAGGAACUCCAAGAGCUCCCGUGGAUUCCGGUCGAAGGAUUCGAAUCUGUUCCGGUAAAAGUGCGUGUAUGGCGGAAAUCGGUCCCGAAGUCACAGUCGUGGUGUUACAUACCCCUGAUUGCUUCGGCGCUUGGAAAGUUGCACCAGUUUGAGCACACGCACGCACCGAAAAAAGGCGGCAAUCAGUCGUCGGCCAGCAGCUCGACCUCGAAGGGGAAAGGCAAAAAGGGACGAGGAGGCAAGAACAGAAUGUAUGGCGAUUCUACUGAAAGUGCACCCGAUGCAACGCGAGACGAGGCACUGUCCGCGCCACAGCAGGGAGUACUAGACCACGAGGAAAUACCACAAUUUGGUCACCGGUUCUCCACCGCGAAUGACAUCAGCGCUGCACAACCCUUUUGGCGGAGUAUGUUCAGUCAGUGGGACGCCUGGGUCACCGACUUACGCAGUGGCAUUGCACGAAAGCACGGGAACGUGGAGAAUUGUCGAAUUUUCGCCAACUGCAAAAUCACACCCAAGUCGUGGACCACACCGCUAGUCAUGACCAAGCCAAAAGAUUUCGGUGUGCUGCCCCACCCGACGGCACGGCAACAAGAAGGCAUCCUGGAGGAGUGUCUGAGCCCCCAGUUUCUGGUCGAGAUCUACGCCAGUAUCGGCUUUAUCAGUGCCCAGUGCGAGGGAGGAGGAGGUGCAGCGUAGCGGCAACGGCCACGACCUGCUGCGUAUACUCCGAACGAAAGUUGCUCGUCGUCGUCGUUUUCGAAUUUUAUGAAAAUGAAUGUAACAAGUAGCGUUUCACCCGCAUGGCAUUGACCUUGCAUCAGUUGUUGUAGCCCAACGAGUUAGAGGGUACGAACCCCGAAGCUGAUGCUUUGCCGCCAAACAGAUGCUCAUUGUUUUGUACAAUCGAAAAUAUGGUGCUGAUUCAUCGAUUCCCGCC